AUGUAUGACACGCCAGUGAGUUUGCAGAACUGUUGUGUUGAUUUCAUAUGUGAUAAUUUAUCAACACUAUGCAUGGCCUCAGCAGAAACGCCACCAAAACUUACAUUCAAAGAUUCAGAGAUUUAUUUUCAUGGUGACCUAUCUGAGCAGCUAUUAUUCAGUCUGUGCGAGAAAGGAAAACUUACGGAUGAAACACUGAGUUUAUUUGAUCCAAGUGUCACCAAUUUAAAACGGGUUUGUAUACAUGAUGCACAGCAGCUAACAACAAAAGGUCUGAGAACAUUGAAAACUCAUCGCAUAUCGGAACUGGAAAUAACAGGGCUGAAGAGCGUAACGGUGAAUGACGCAAUAGGCUGUCUCGGAGAAUGGACGUUAUGUAAUCUAAGAUCACUCAAUGUCAGCAAUAGUACAUUUUUAAACAGUACAAAAUUCUGUGUAGUUGUUUCAUUGUCAAAGCUGAGAAAUUUGCAUAGUCUGAAUGUAAGUCGAACUGAAUUUAACAAACAUGGUUUGGAGAUUAUAGCAGAAGACUUACCUUGUUUAGAGAGCUUGGACAUCUCAUGUACACAGAUAAAUGAUAUUUCACCACUCAGGAAAUGUAGAGACCGGUUAAAAUCCCUCUCCAUGUAUAAUUUACGGGCAUCAAACAAAGACGACGUAGUUCCAGUUCUGUAUGACCUCACAAAGCUCGUCCACCUGGAUGUGUCCGAUGAUUCUGUGAUAACGCCAGUACAACACACCUUCAUGGGUGGUGAUUCACAAGCUAAAUUCCCCAUACAGGAUCUCCUGGAAAGAUCUAACUGUCUGCCAUACUUGACGUCUCUUGAUAUCUCAGGGAAAGAAGGAGCCGUAGAAAAGACACUGAGGAAGUUUCUAGCAGAACACAAAAAUAUGAAGUUCCUGGGAUUGGCACGGACAACUUAUUGUGAGAUGCCGAUGUUCUGUGACGAUGAAUGUGUGGAUUUCUACUGUGAUAUAGUGAUUAGUGGUGAUGCUAAUGAACGGCAGGUACUAGAGGCUUUGAGACGAUAUGUCCAGCGUGUUGUAUAUGUACAGAAGUCACUCUACACACUGUUUAGACUCACUCAGUCCAUGGUGGAGCCUAGAGAGGACAUUGUCAGGCUUGUCCUGCCAGCUAUGAAGAGUCAUCCUAAACAGUUGGGGGUUCAAAUGGCAGCAACGGCCUGUCUAUACAACCUGUCUAAGGGGGAAAUCGGCAACAAGGUGCACCCAGCAUGUCUCAAACAUGUGGUCAACUUGACCUUACUGUCUAUGGACAAUUUCCCCAAUCACCAACAGCUUCAGAAGAAUGCCCUUCUCACACUGUGCAGUGACAGGAUUCUACAAGAUGUGUCAUUUGACCGUUACCGAUGUGCCAAGCUGGUGAUGGAAUGCCUUUGUCAGUUUGAUGAUCCUUCCAUGAAUCGCAUGUCCGUCGCCAUCUGCUCAAUUCUUGCUGCCAAAAUUUCCACAAGCCAGACCUCUCUUUUGGGAGCAAAGACCAAAUACAUGCAGAAAAUGUUGGAACUUGUGCGAGUGAAAGUAGAGGAUCGGUCCAUUGACAUCACCCUCAAGUUUACACUUAGUGCUUUGUGGAAUCUGACAGAUGAAUCUCCUCCAACAUGCCGUGUUUUUCUCAAAGAAAAAGGUUUGGACCUCUUCAUGGACACCUUGAUGGUUGUAAUGGAUAUGGAGACAGAUGUUAGAGUUCAGGUGGAGACAAAGAUAUUAGGACUUCUGAACAACAUUGCGGAAGUUCGAGAACUGAGAGGAUUUCUGAUGCGGACAGAUUCCUUAAUCCUUUUGAAGAAACUGAUGCAUGCAGAACAGAUUGAUGUGAGUUACUUUGCUGCUGGAAUCAUUGCACAUCUGGCUAGUGAUGGUGCGGAGGCGUGGCUCGUCUCCUCGACUGACCGAGAGGAAAUACUCGAAGAAUUGGGAGAAGUUGUUUUGAAGUGGGAGCAGCCGAAAGGUGAAAUGGUUGCUUAUAGGUCUUUCAAGCCAUUCUUUCCACUGUUGAGAUGCUACUCUGUGCCAACAGUACAACUCUGGGCUGUUUGGGCAAUACAACAUGUCUGUACAAAAAAUGGAGAUCGCUAUUGUCUGAUGUUAGAAGAGGAGGGAGGAUCAGAAAUCCUCCAGCAGAUGAUAGAGAACCCAGAGACCAACAAUGAUGUUAAAUCCAUUUCAGUUAAUAUUAUAGCUCUCAGCAAAGAAAAACGAGGAAACCAGUGACCAGACUUUUGGUGGCAGAAUCACACAGCCUGCAGUUGGAGUUAUGGAAGGGUUCAUCUGUUUCUGGCACAGGGUCCAAUUGUUAUUUACAAAC